AUGCGACGGGUAGUAGUAACAGGCUUAGGGCUUGUAACCCCUCUUGGACUAGGUGUUCGACGAACCUGGAAGCGUCUGAUCGAUAGCCAGUGUGGCAUCGUUUCCAUCAAAGACAGAAGCCCUGAAUUCGCGCUGCUACCGAGCCAAGUCGCUGGUCUGGUUCCUCAGGGUAGCAAAACCGAUGGCAAAUGGAAUACAAAGGAGCAUCUAAGCCACAGCGAUGAACGCCGUAUGGCACGCUUCGCACAGUACGCCAUGGUGGCGUCCGAUGAAGCUCUCAAUGAUGCGGGAUGGUUUUCGAAGGAAGAGGCCGAUCUUGAAGUCACAGGAGUGUACAUGGGAUCUGGUAUCGGCAGUUUAGACGAUGUGUAUGAUACCACAAUUGCUUAUGAGAGAGGCGGUUACCGAAAGGUGUCCCCGCUCUUUGUUCCACGACUGUUGAUCAACCUAGCCGCAGGUCACAUAUCGAUGCGUUAUGGGUUCAAGGGACCGAACCAUGCGGCAACAACAGCAUGUACGACCGGAGCACAUAGCAUCGGAGACGCGUCACGUUUGAUUCAGUUCGGAGAUGCAGAUGUUAUGAUAGCCGGCGGAGCUGAAUCAUGCAUUCAUCCUCUCGCCAUAUCAGGCUUUGCUAGGGCUAGAAGCCUGGCUACUGAGUUCAAUGAACGGCCCAUGGAGUCCAGUCGACCAUUCGACCGAGAACGGGAUGGUUUUGUCAUUGGAGAAGGAGCCGGAGUUGUGGUUCUCGAGGAACUCGAGCACGCAAGGAAGCGAGGUGCGAACAUCUAUGCUGAAGUCGCCGGCUACGGACUGUCCAGCGACGCACACCACAUGACGGCACCUCGCGAAGAUGGCCAAGGUCCACGUCUCGCAAUGAAGCAUGCACUACGACAUGCCGGCCUCAAGCCAAGCGCUGUCGACUACGUGAACGCCCAUGCGACGAGCACCCCACUAGGUGAUGCUGCGGAGAACCGAGCCAUCAAAGAGCUUCUGCUUGGCGAAGACGGAAAGGAUAGAGCUUGUGAAAUCAAUGUGAGCAGUACAAAAGGUGCGGUCGGACAUCUUCUGGGUGCUGCAGGGAGCGUGGAGACAAUUUUCACGAUUCUUGGGAUGCAUCACAACAUCCUACCUCCGACUCUCAAUCUUGAGAAUCCAGGAGAUCCGGCGGUUGACUUUAACUGCAACUACGUCGCCAAUGCUGCUCAACAGCACAGAGUCAAUGUGGCUCUCUCGAAUAGCUUCGGUUUUGGUGGCACCAACGCAUGUCUAUGCUUCCGCAAAAUCUGA